AUGUUCUCCAGAAAUGUUAGGUCGGCGGCGGUACUGACUCUUUGCUGCAAUUCUACAUUGUUCCAGCAAAAAGCAAGUAAUUUAGGACAUGUCCGACUACAACUAAGAAGCGCAUUUAAUAAUUCGCGGCGCGGUGCACGACGGCGCACUCCUGAACCCAAUCCACUAGAACUACAUAUAGAAUCUGGUCCAUUGCAAACAACGAAUCUGUUCAGACCCUUUUUAUUUACAGUUGGGGUAUCCUCUUUGAGUCUAGCUGGCUGUGUAAUCUGGGAAUAUGAAAACUUACGUUCACAUGCCACUUCUUUUCUCAAAAGACCUGGAACCUGGUUAAAUUCACAUCAGAAGAGAAUAACUUCGCAAUUUAAAUCAGAACCAGGGCCUAUAAGAAAAUGGUGGAAUUCACUUAGGGAAAGUGAAAAAGUUUUCUACCCCAUCUUAGCUGCAAAUGUAUUAGUAUUUGGUGCUUGGCGAGUUAGGCCACUUCAACCCUUUAUGGUUAAAUAUUUCUGUUCAAAUCCUUCAGGCGUGGCAAAAUGUCUCCCAAUGGUUCUGUCCACCUUUAGUCACUAUUCAACAUUUCAUUUGGCUGCCAACAUGUAUGUUUUAUACAGUUUUAUGCCAGCUGCUGUGACGUCAUUAGGGAAAGAACAGUUUGUAGCUAUGUACCUUAGUGGCGGAGUUAUAAGUAGUUUUGCAAGUUUCCUAUACAAGGUUAUGCUCAAUCAACCUGGACUCAGUCUUGGAGCGUCUGGUGCAAUCAUGUCAGUAUUGUCAUAUGUGUGCAUUCAAUUUCCUGACACUCGGCUAAGCAUAAUAUUCCUACCAAUGUACGCAUUUGCAGCUAGUACAGCAAUUAAAGUUAUAAUGAGUAUGGAUGUGGCUGGAGUCGUUCUUGGUUGGAAGUUUUUUGAUCAUGCUGCUCAUCUUGGCGGAGCAUUGUUUGGAAUAGCUUGGUGUCACUGGGGAAAUUUCCAUGUAUGGGGCAAUAGAGACAAAUUCCUGCAGUAUUACCAUAGCCUCAGAAAAGAUUCAAGA